ACUUGACAUUAUUUUAAUGUACCUAACCUAACUUAAAAUUUACUUUUAUUAUUAUUUUUUGAGAAAAAUAAAGUUUUUACUUUGUAUUGUAACACAAAAUGCCUGACAAAGAUAGUUUAUUGGAUGUGAAUAAUUUAGUUAGUGAUAUAAAGCACAAAAAAAAGGAGAAGGACAGUCCCCUGCAUCAGCUUGUGACAUCUCAUCCUAGUGAUAUAUUGGACUAUUCUGAAGCUCACAGUAGUUUGAGAUCAAAUUUAUUGGAUCAUUUAGGAGAGUAUAAAGUUGAAAUAGAUUCAAGUUCUGAAAAUAUAGCAGCACAAGCAUCAGAGCAUAUUCACAUGGAUGAGAUGAUUAUGACAGUGGGAAAGUCUAAUACAGUAGAAAAGUUUUUAAAAUCUGCCGCAAAAGAACGACAUUUCAAAGUGGUAGUUGUUGAAGCAGCGCCAUUUUAUGACGGCCAUAUAAUGGCAACUAGGUUGGCAAAAAGCAAUAUCCAAACAACUGUCAUACCAGAUUCUGCAGUUUUUGCCAUGAUGUCCAGAGUUAACAAAGUAAUUAUAGGAACGCACACAGUCUUAGCAAACGGAGGACUACGGGCAGCUAGUGGAAUACAUGCAGUAGCCUUGGCAGCCAAACAAUUUUCUGUGCCUGUUAUGGUGCUCUCCCAUAUGUACAAAUUUACUCCGAUGUACGUUGUAUCACACAAUAAUGAAGCUUUUAACAUAUGUGCCUCACCGGCCGAUGUAAUUCCGCAUUCUGCAGGAAAAAUUCUUAACAGUGUAGAAAUUUACAAUCCAGUUUUUGACUAUGUACCACCAGAAUUGGUCACAUUGUUCAUUUCACACCAGGGUGGUAAUGCGCCUUCCUAUGUUUAUAGAUUACUAUCCGAAUUGUACCACCAAGAUGAUUAUGAUAUAUAAAAAUAAAUAUUUUGUUGUAA